UUGUCGUCCAUCCAUUCAUUCACGUGGCUCCAACCAUAAACUACAAAGCAAAGCAUGUCUCCCAUAUUCGAGUCUCAUCACCCACUGUCCAUCUUUGUUAAACUCAUGCAUUAAUUUUUGGAUCAGAAUAUGGGAAUAUUUGCAGAAAAUAGAAAACCCAAAAUUAAUAGUGGGUGAUGACUGAUGGGUGAUAAGUGUGAAGAGUCGGUGGGGCCAUUUGGAAUACGUUGCUUGCGGGUGGGGUUUCCGUUGGAAAACAAGAAACGGAGAGGCAAGACUCAAAAAAGCACUGCCGUUUGUGGGGGUUAACUUUGAUGAUCCAGGGAGAAAGAUGGUGAUCCAAACUGCCGAAUUUUCUGUGGGAGGAUCUGAUGUGAGUUCUGCGACCACUGGGUGGGCUGAUCAGUUGUGUUAUCAUGCCGGAAAUAGGGUUUUCAAGAGUGGACCACUCUUUAUAUCAUCCAAAGGAAUAGGAUGGGCAUCUUGGAAGAGAAGGUGGUUUAUUUUGACACGCACAUCAUUGGUCUUCUUUAGAAGAAACCCGAGCAUUGUUCCUCAGAAAGGGGGAGAGGUGAAUCUGACCCUUGGUGGCAUUGACCUUAACAAUUCAGGCAGUGUGGUUAUGAAAGCAGAUAAAAAACUAUUGACUGUGCUCUUUCCUGAUGGUGGUGAUGGACGGGCUUUCACACUCAAGGCUGAAACUUUAGAAGACCUUAAUGAGUGGAAGGAUGCACUUGAGGAUGCUUUGGCACAGGCACCUAAUGUAGCUCUUGUAAUGGGACACAAUAGCAUCUUCAGGAAUGAACCGACAGAUGGAAUUGAUGUGAGGAGUAAACAUCCUGUAAAGUCCUUGGUGGUUGGUAGGCCAAUUUUACUUGCUUUGGAAGAUGUUAACGGAGCUCCAUCUUUCUUGGAGAAAGCCCUCAGGUUUCUAGAACAAUAUGGAGUCAAAGUAGAAGGUAUCUUUCGACAAUCUGCUUCAGUAGAUGAUGUUGCACGCCGAGUUCGGGAAUAUGAGCAGGGUAAUAAUGAAUUUUCUCCAGAUGAGGACCCCCAUGUUGUUGCUGAUUGUAUCAAGCAUGUCCUUCGGGAGUUACCAUCAUCACUUGUGCCUGCAUCUUGUUGCAGUGCUCUAUUAAAAGCAUGUCGUACUGAACGUGGAGUUAGAGUGAAUGCCAUUCGUAGAGCAUUAUAUGAAACAUUUCCAGAACCAAACUGUCGAUUGUUAAAGAGAAUUCUUUUGGUGAUGCAAGCUGUGGCAUCUCACAAAUCCGAGAACCGGAUGAGUUUAUCAGCUGUGGCAGCUUGCAUGGCACCUUUAAUUCUUCGUCCCCUGGUGGCUGGCAAUUGUGAGAUUGAAAAUGGUUUUGAUUUAAGUGGUAAUGGGUCUCUUCAACUUUUGAAAGCUGCUGCUGCAGCUAACCAUGCUCAAGCUAUUGUUAUAACUUUACUAGAGGAGUUUUGCAGUAUAUUUGAGGGUAACCACUUGCAGGCGGGUUCUGUUUCUUCUGAACUUUCUGAAUCAGAAGACAGUAGCAGUGAAAUUGAAGAACCAACUAAUGAUGAGAUCCUAAAAAAUGAUGAAUACCAUGAUGAGGCAAAACAUCAGACUGAAAUGGAUGCAGAAGACACAUCAAGGGGAACUUGUAGCAAAAUUAGUGGCAGAAGAGAUGAUGAUGUAUUAUCUGACAGUGUGGGUUCUGAAGACUCUACUUCUGAUUAUGUCACUCCUGAAAUUAAGGGAGAUUUUGAAACCACUCAAGGCCCAUUAACUGCUCCCCAAACUUCAUAUUCUCAGCAUGGUUGCAGACAGAGUAGUCAUAAUCUGCAGGAUCAGAGUGAUACCUGUUCAGAAAUGCAUGCUUGCAUGUCAUGUGAUUCCUCAGAAGAUGUUCCAGGCGAAAUAAAUUUAGUGCCAAAUUUAACUGGUUGUGGUCCAUCUUCAUGCUUUCAAAAAUCUAAAAAUAAGUCGAACAAUCCUUUGGCAGGUGUCAAACAAUACAGUAAAUGGGGGCAUAUCCAUGCAAAAAAGAACCAUUCAUUGGAAUCAAUUGAUUAUGAAAUUGAAGAUGAGGUUGCAAUUUAUAGGCUUGAGGACAUGAAAACUGACUUGCAAAAUAGAGUUGCAGAAGAGGCAAAAGGGAAUGCAAUUCUUCAAGCAAGUCUGGAAAGAAGAAAGCAGGCUUUGCAGGAGUGCCGUUCAGCACUUGAACAAGAUGUGGCAAGGCUAAAGAAACAGUUGCAAGAAGAUAAGGGUUGGAGGGAAGCUUUGGAAGCUGGGCUGCACCUGCCAUAUGGUCACUUAACCAUCUCAACCACUACCAAUGACAGGAUGAAUGCAGAUCUUGAGGAAAUUCCUCCUGCAGAAGCAGAUUUGAAGCAGCAGGUUGAAGAUCUCCAUGUGCAUAUUCGUCAACAACUUGAAUGGAACAAUGGAUUUUUAUGUGGUUCAUGUAGUCAACAUUCACAACCUCUGCAUUAUCCUGCAACUUUGAAUGAUAAACAGAAGGAUGCUGGAGUUCCACUUACUUCCCAUCUUAAAGAAAGCUCAAUGCGAAGCAAGGACAUUAAUACAAGCAGCACAAACAUUGAGACGGUGAAGAAACAGGCUAUACAACAUCUACCAACCAAACAGCUGCUUCACAAGCAACAACUCAGUUUACCAGAUCAUGACAAAAUUAUAUCAUCCUGGCUUCCGGCUACUUCACCAGUGGAGGCAUUGAUAGAGCCUGCUGCUUCAUUCACCUCUAGAAAGUUUGCUUUAAGGAGUGAGGUGAAUCCACAACAGGAAACCAUUUCCACAUCUUUUGCACUAACUAAGCUGACAUCUCGGCUCAACUUCUUGAAGGAGAAGCGAACCCAAAUUACAAAGGAUAUCCAAAAUUUUGACAAAGGCUUAGGGUCUGAUAGCCAAUCACACCAGAAUCAAGAAAAUGUUUGAGGCGCAGCAGCCCAUUUGUGGUCAAAAGCCAAGUGAUUUCUGAAAAACAUGAGAAAUUUCAAGGAUUGGAAGUCAAAUCUCUUGCCUAUGAAUCCACCAUCAUCUAUUCUUGGGAACCUUAUUGGGUUUGCAUCUCAUUUGCACUCAGAAGCAAGUGGUUUAUGACUGACUGGAACAUAUGUACAGUUUAUUUAUCUUAUCAAUGUUUUCUGCACUACUCAUCCAGUUUUGCAAAGUAGCCUAGCUUUGGGAGAGAAAGAGAAUUGAGGAUUUUCUGCAAUACUCUUCCAGUUUUGCAAAGUAGCCUAGCUUUGAGAGAGAAAAUUGAGGAUUUUAUUUAGCAUUGAGAUGCACUGAUAUCAUGUAGUUAGAUUAAAGAUGCAGUUUGUACAGGAAAUGCAAACAUAUUCCUUUUUGUUGCCACAAGAACUCGAGCAUUUUAGAUACGUUAUGAUUGAAUAAUUUUACAAGUCGUAGUUGUAGUUGUCGUUCAGAUAUCCAUCACAAAUGAUGAUUUCACAAGUAAAACUGACGUCCAAAUCCAUCCCAGAGGAAUCACUUGUUAGGAGGACUUGAACGGGGCCAUCGAUUUUGCGUGGUCUUAGCUUCUGGGUCACAAUAUGCAGUCAACGUGGCAUAUGGUUCUGGGUCUAUAUGCAGCAAAACGUUAGGCAGAUGGUCAUCUGCAGUGCGGAAAAAUUCGUUCAGAUUGUAGCAAUCUGCAUGGUGGAAAUGUUCAAAUUGUGAUGUGCCCAACAUGAAAGUGACGAAGGCAAUUUGACAAUUAUAGCCAGCCACUCAAUCGAUGACCCCAUGACUAGGCCUAUUGCUUAACAUGUCAGACUGAUUCUAACGUGGCCAUGACGGCGACAUUUAAAAAAAGUCACCCCAAUGCGUAUAAGGUAUCAACAUCAAAUCACUAAAUGACACGGCCCCAGAUGCACCUAACCAGAAACCAUCACCAUUAAUCACCUUCCUCCCUCUUUCCAUCUCCAAAACUCCAAAUCCGUUCCUUCAAUUAUCUCUUCAUAACUCAUCCAACUCCAUCACCUAAUUAUCGUAUAAGGCCAAAAAAACAGAUAAACAGCCCCUUCCAAGUGUCGGCAAGCAAGGCAAGCAAGCCCAUGCUAUUGGAUCGUGGUUCUUGUGAAUGCAUCCCACCCUCCAAAUUCAUCAUCCACCUCGUGUUCGGUUGUAUGGGGCAUUUACAAUUUGGUUGUGUGGCGCAUUUACAAGAAAGGGAUUAAUUCUGCAUAAAGAAAUAUCGUAAUGUUGACGACCCAUUCAUAAUUCCAAAUUCCUAAGCAAGCAACAAUGGGCAUCUGUGGACUCUACGCGUAAAGGGUUAAUGGGCAUUUUCCUGUGCCCUCCACGCUCCCUGGGCGGCUGGGCCCCUACUCAAAUUCCAAUUUAUUCAAUAAAAUCAUCAGCCCUCCACAUUUCCAUAAACCAAAGCAUCGAAUGAUACUGUUUUUGUUUUCUUCUUAUAAUUUAAAAUAAAACACGAAAUUAAAAUUCCUAAUAUUCUUGAUCGUCAUCAUCAGAAAUCUUUGAGCAGCUUGCGGACCUGUUCCAGUGUGACGAAGAGCACAAUAGUGAAAGGUCCCUGCCUUGAGAUUGUAGGGAUGAACCCCUUGUAGAGGGCCAUCGGUCCCUCUGCGCGUACUGUUUUCAGGGCGCAGUCCAAAGCUCCGGUGUACGGCGGCGCCGCCCCCGGCUCCACCUUCAUGUUCAUCACCCUGGUUUUGAUUACGUCCACAGGGUUUGAGGCCACUGCCGCUACAAAUCCGGCGGCGAAGCUCGCCGUCACGUGCGUUCCGAGGCCGUCCUUCAUCAGACCCUUUUGUAGGAUUGUCUCCUUGAUCUGAUCGUAGGAGGCGAGUUGCGAGGCUGUGACGAGCAUGGCGCGAUUCACCGUAAGGGAGGAGCCGCGCCACAGACUAGUGACUCCCUCCUGUUUGGACAUUCUGGUUAUGGCGUCCAGAACGCUUUUGUAGUUGCGGCGCUGGGCCAGAGGGAGGCGGCCGUCGGCUUGCAUUCGGACCAUGGCCACGUCGGCAGGGUUUCCGACGACGGCCCCGAUCCCGCCGGCGAUCAGUCCAGCUCCUAUCUUGCUUACGAGCGGCAUGUUGCCGGUAGCUGGGUCAGUCCAUUUCUUCUUAAGAAUGUCGUAGAGACCCAUGCGAGUAGUGGAGUACAGCGUUUGGCGAAGGACGGUGGCAGAGACGCCGGAGAAGAGAGCGACCACCCCUUCCUGUUGCACGAUCCGGACUCCGACGGUGAUCGGACCCACGCGCGGGGGCCGAGUCACGUGGACAGCCGUGGGAGCGGCGCCUGUCUGGAAAGCGAGCGCUGGACGGAGAGUUUGAACGGCGGGAUUGGGAACCUGCGUCUCACCCUGGAGCUGCAUCCGGACCUUGAUGAGGUCGAGCGGGUGGGUGGAACACCCAGCGAUGAUCGAAGCAAUACCCCCUUCAACAAAGCCCUUGAGACCCAUCUCUAAGUUUUCUCAGAAACCAAACACACAAUCAAACUGGACCCAGCAAGUGAAAAAACGAAAAGAUGGGUUCUUUUUGCUUAAAUCCCUUUGUCCAGGGCUUUUAAGAAAAAGAAGAAGAAAAUCUAAGAGGACCAGUUGGAGUUGGGGUUCAUAUCACUGGAAACAAGGAGAUGGGAAUGGAGGCCAAAUGCAAUGGAAGAGGAAUGUGGGACGUUGGGUCUCUGAGACAUAUGCUGGUUGCGUAUCCAAGAGAGAACGCUGCAAUGAAUGAUAUGGUUU